UGUCAUUUUAUUAUGACCCAUAAUAGUGGCCUUUAGCUGGAGUCUGUCUACUCCGCCGAGCUUCAUCGUCGUCGAAGAAAAGCUGUAUCUCUCAGUUAUGGCUGGUAGAAAUCGUAUGCCCCGUCAACCUGAUAACUUCCGAGGAUUCCGUGAUGGGCCACCACCACGGGUCAUUAUGCAGCGAGGACCAGGACCCCUCCCUCCUCACCCCGCAGCCCUUGAAGAGGAACUAGAAAUCCAGCAUAGGGACAUGCAGAGAAUUCUUGGUGAAAACAGACAUGUGAUUGAUGAGAAUGUGAUGCUUGAAAGGGAAUUAUCUGCUGUAAAAGAUGAAAUGCAUAGAUUAAGUCAGGUCAUUCCCAAAAUGCGUGCUGAUAAUGAGGCACAAGUAAGGGAGUAUAUUGACAGAGGAAUGAGGUUAGAAGCUGAUCUUCGAGCUACUGAGCCUCUGAGGUUAGAGGUAAUCCAAUUAAAAGCUGAAGCUCAGAAGUUAACUGCUGUACAGAAAGAAUUAUCUGCCCAAGUUCAAACUCUUACAAAGGAUUCUAACCGACUACAAACUGAGAAUAAGCAAUUAUCAGCUAUAAAGACUGAUAUUGAUAAAAUGCGCAAAGAGUUGACGGAAGCAAGGAGACAAUUUGAAUAUGAGAAGAAAUCAAAUACAGAACUGGUGGAACAAAAUCAAUCUAUGGAGAAGAAUCUCAUUUCAAUGGCUCGUGAAAUAGAAAAGCUGCGAGCAGAGAAAGUUGGACGGGGCCUUGGUGUAGGAGCUUAUGGCGUGAUGAAUGGAAGCCCUGAGAUGAGAUAUCCUGGUGGUGCAUAUGGUGAUCCGUACAGUGCUGGUGGUUGGGGUUCCUAUGACAAUCGUGGCCCUCCCCGACGUUGAGUCCUAUAUUAAAAUGUGACAGCACUUGAAGAGAAAUGUAAUGUGAGAUUUUCUUCCUAUUUAGAAAUGUAACUUAAAACCUUUAUGAAACAAAUACGCUUUGAAACCAAGAUUUGCCGAUUGAACCUUGAGCUUAAGAAAACAUUAUCUUGGAACAUUUCAAGAAUGUGGUUGUUUCAUACAA